CUCUUCCGAGCGCAUGCGUGCGGCGGAGGCACCAGUACUUAACUGUAGCCGAGGGCCGCCCGUAGUCAGCUGGGAUUUCGGCAUGGCGGUGCCCGCGGCAGCUAUGGGCCCCUCGGCGCUGGGCCAGAGCGGUCAGGCCUCGAUGGCCCCCUGGUGCUCAGUGAGCAGCGGCCCGUCGCGGUACGUGCUUGGAAUGCAGGAGCUGUUCCGGGGCCACAGUAAGACGCGUGAGUUCCCGGCGCACAGUGCCAAGGUGCACUCGGUGGCCUGGAGUUGCGACGGCCGUCGCUUAGCUUCGGGAUCCUUUGACAAGACGGCCAGUGUCUUCUUGCUGGAGAAAGACCGGUUGGUCAAAGAAAACAACUAUCGUGGACAUGGGGAUAGUGUGGAUCAGCUUUGUUGGCAUCCAAGUAAUCCUGAUCUCUUUGUCACUGCUUCUGGAGAUAAAACCAUUCGCAUCUGGGAUGUGAGGACUACAAAAUGUAUUGCCACUGUGAAUACUAAAGGGGAGAACAUUAAUAUCUGCUGGAGUCCUGAUGGGCAGACCAUUGCUGUAGGCAAUAAGGAUGAUGUGGUGACUUUUAUUGAUGCCAAGACACAUCGUUCCAAAGCAGAGGAACAAUUCAAGUUUGAGGUCAAUGAAAUCUCCUGGAACAAUGACAACAAUAUGUUCUUCCUGACAAAUGGCAAUGGUUGUAUCAACAUUCUCAGCUACCCAGAACUGAAGCCUGUGCAGUCCAUCAAUGCCCAUCCUUCUAACUGCAUCUGUAUCAAGUUUGACCCCAUGGGGAAGUACUUUGCUACAGGAAGUGCAGAUGCUUUGGUCAGUCUCUGGGAUGUGGAUGAGUUAGUGUGUGUGCGGUGCUUCUCCAGACUGGAUUGGCCUGUGAGGACCCUCAGUUUUAGCCAUGACGGGAAAAUGCUGGCAUCAGCUUCGGAGGAUCAUUUUAUUGAUAUAGCUGAAGUAGAGACAGGAGACAAGCUAUGGGAGGUACAGUGUGAGUCCCCAACCUUCACCGUGGCAUGGCACCCCAAAAGGCCUCUGCUAGCAUUUGCCUGUGAUGACAAAGAUGGCAAAUACGACAGCAGCCGGGAAGCUGGAACUGUGAAGCUGUUUGGGCUCCCCAAUGAUGCCUGAGAGGAGGGCCUGGCAGAGACCUUCCUUGGUGUAGCUUGUCUGCUCUCUUGGACUUGGUGGGCACCCUUAGUAUUUGUAAAUCGUUAUAAAGAUCUUUUGUCAGG